AUGCUUCUCAAUCCUGUGGCAGUGCUGAUUCAGCUAGCUGUUUUAUUCCCAUUCCCGAUCUGUGGCAAGCCGUCCUGCCCGCCCCAGAAAGUCCCAGAUGCGUCUUCUCUGAAGGAUACGAUGAACGCAUUUGUCAUCGGAGGCGUCGUCCCGGACCUGUUACCCGAAUUCAGGCCAGUGGCCAUGAUGAGAUUACUCUAUCAUCCCAACCCGUUCGGGACUGUCUACUACCCCGGCCAGCGCGUCCCCCAAUCCUUGACUGCCGAGCAGCCCACAAUUAGGAUUCGAUCGCCGCCUCAUGAUCCUUCAGCCUUGUCUCCAGAUUCUGAUUACACAUUUAUCAUGAUUGAUCCGGAUGUGCCAAGCAGAAUUAACGCUACCAGCGGACCUUUCCGUCAUAUGCUAGCAACCGACGUCAAGCUGAUACCCAAUGAGCCUUACUUCGACCUGGAGUUUCCCGAUAAAAUGCUCAGCCCAUACCAUCCGCCAGCGCCACCAGAAGCAUCGGGCUUCCAUCGAUACACUUUCUUGCUUUAUCCCGGCCAGCCCUCACCUGAAUCAAUCCGUGAUUUCCAUAAAAAAUAUCCCUCUCGAUACAACUUCAAUUUGCGCCAGUUCGUGGCCGAUGCUGGUCUUUGUGGCCCGAUUGCCGGGAUCUUCAUGUUCACUGAAAAUUCGAAAGACGAAGCGAAAAGUCUCGUUCAUUGA